GCUUAGGUGGGUUAGAACCCUAAUAAGCCCUAACUAAUUACAGUUACAUUUUAACUUACGGUUCAAAUUAUGUACUUUACUAAUAUUUAUUCGUUAAAUAAUUAAGUAAUAAUUAUUAAAGUGCAAUUUAUUUUAUGUCGCGUUGCGAAAUAAUUCGAUAAUGAAUACAACUAUAAACAAAACUUAAUCAGUUAUGAAUUCGUUGCAUCAUCAAAUAUUUUAUGCAAUAACUUCAUUAAUUUCGAGGUUUAUGUGUAAAGAAUAACUAAAGUUAUAAGUAUAUACUGCAAUUUAUUUAAAAUUAACUAAAAAAUUAAAAUUUUCUAUGAUCAAAUAAGUUUAUUGAAAGAAAUAUAUAGUUUUGCAACGCGUUGAGUUUUUCUGUAGGCAAAUAUGGCUACAACAACUCAAAGCACAUCACAAACAAAAUACGAACACACCGAGAAAAUAACCGCCCGCCGAAAGGCGUUAUUUCCCACCGGCAGUGAUUCAGGCAGCGACCUAGGCCACAUGAGCCCAAUUCACAGUGAAAGCUCAAACUUUUCCGAGAACGCUUUUACCGCUUUGGAACACGAAGCGGAUCACCAAUUCCGUAAGUUCUUCAAAUGCAGCCUCACCGAUUAUGUUCUACUCGAAGACGAUGCCGAAAUUCUCACACCUGACCCCUGCUCAGAAACUAGCGUACCGCCGUUAUACCUCAGUCCAAUGCAGACAUUGCUCUCUACACCAAUACUAUACUCUCCAAUGCACACAACCAAAAUUGUAACUCCUCUAAGCAAAUCUCCCAGUUCCACAUUGAAAACACCACAUGACACUUCCACAGUAAAAGUAAAUCAAAAACAAACCAAGCGCAAGUUGGUCACUGAUACGAAUAACGAUCCUCAAGAAUCUCAAUCUCCUAACUCCAAACAAGCCAAAUUUGAUUCAAAGUCCAAGGUGCGUACAGCACUUUUCCCCGAAGACGAAAUCGUCUUGCCUGUUAAAACUUUUUACCCGAAAGAAAACAACACUUUCAACGUGAAGGAAAGUAUUAGCGCACUUCUAGCGGCUAGUAAACACCGCGUAAUGAACGUACCUCACGUGAAGCGUGCGCAGAUUAAGAACACUGCUGUGUUAACCUUGAACAAAAGGCGCUACGGUGAAAUCAAUGCCGGUGUGCGCCACAAGAUUAGAAAACCCAAACAGAAAAAGGUCACGCAGGCCAAGAUUGUGAAGGCAACAAUGAAGAUUAUCGAAAAAUCACCGCUCACUGAGUACCUGGAAGAAAUGACCAAUGUUAAGAAGACUAUUAAACCGCUACCACUCAACAGUACAAUAAAUAACACCUCAAACAAGGAAAAUAAUUCGGUUAACAUGAGCGACACAUUGGCUAAUCGCAAAUUCUUCAAAACACUGCGAUCUAGUUUUAAGCAGGUGAUUGGAAGUCCCAAGAAACAACCACUUCGCAGUUUAAACAAAACAAAAGAAGCAUUACAACCGAAUAAACGCAAGUUGGACGUCGCUGAAUUUGAAUUUUCGCCUGAAAAAGAUGUUGCAGUAGUGCCCGAAGUCGAUAAUCUCAUAAAUCAACUCGAUAAAGAAGUGGCUAAAACUACAGCGAAUCCUAAUUUGAUUUUCUCACCAACUGCACAGAUGUGUAACAUGGCGUCUGCUUUGGAUUUGAACAGUCCGAAGAGAGCUAAAGUAAAUAUUAGCAAGAUGUUGAAUGACAGCACGCUGAAACGUCCGAACAACAUGACUUCAUACACAGAGAAAGUCGAAAAGUCUGCUAAAUUGUUUCCGUUGUUCUGCGCGGAUAAAAACAAAUCGAUGACCUGCAACACAAAUCAGAAAGAAAUUAAGAAAGGACCCUCACAUGCACAUAAGAAGUUUAAAACUGUUUCGGAUAAUCAAUUGUUGAUCGAUGCUGGACAGAAGAAAUUCGGUGCAAUUGUUUGUCAUGAAUGCUCGUUUGUUUACGAAUCUGGCGAUGCAUCUGAUGAAAUGAUUCAUCGGACUUAUCAUAAAGCCAUCAACACGUUUAAAUUUAAUGGAUGGAAGAAUGAACGCGUUGUUACAAACAUUGAUGUCAACACGAGGAUUAUCAAAAUUAUCCCGGGUGAUAUGAAAAUCUGGUGGAAGAAAGGCGUCGAACUGAUUGAUUAUAUCAACCGUGAGAUGGGAUUCUACGAUAUGAUUCUACCCUUGGAUAAAUCUCAAAUGUAUCUCUACGUACAAAAUAAGAAAAUCAUUGGUUGUCUCACCGCUGAAAUGAAGCAAACUGCAUACAAACGUCUGCCAACUGAUUUGGACAUCGAUCUGUGUUCAGAGGAAGCAUUCCAAGUCCGUUGUGGUAUUUCUAGAGUAUGGGUUGCACCUCAUCAUCGCCGUGCUGGUAUUGCCACGCAGUUGAUGGACACACUACGACGUAAUUUCCUGCAUGGUUAUUUCCUCCAAAACAACGAAAUUGCGAUCAGUUCGCCGUCGGAUCUCGGCCAGAAAUUCGCGUCGAAAUAUUUCCAAACCGACAGUUUUCUCAUCUAUAUGAAUUAAAUUAGAUAUUUUGAUAUACGUAAUUCUACAAUUGUGCCUCAAGAACGAUAUUUUUACACUUUUGAAUAUAUUUUAGUAUUUAUUUGAGUUUUCAAAAGCUUUGGAAAGUUUUUAAAUUAAUAAUGAUGCAUUUUAAUAUUUUAAGAAUAUUUUUUAUGGUUUAGAUGUUUGCUUUUUAAUAAAUCUAACAAUAUAUAAAUAUUCGCCCAGGA